CCAAUUAAUGUUACAUUAUAGAAAACCUUUUCAUAGGUAGUAUGUCUGAUCUGCAUGGUCAAUGAUGUCUUCUCCAUCACUUCAGACACACAUUCCAGCAACACUGCUCUCUGCUCAAGCUGAAAGGUUACUAAUAAAGUUUUUCAAACCACGUGAUUACAAAUGCCAUGGCUGCGUCCUCGUGUCAUAUGUGAGUCCAAUCAAGUCGUGUGAUUUAUCCUUAUCGGAGGAAAUUCCUGUGAACAGUCAAAGAAAAUGAAGCCCAACAGGAGCCAGAUGAAAAAUAUGCGCCCUUUCUCUCGGCCGAAGUCAGCCAAACGGGGAAUCCAAGUGAAGGGCAGCUGGAAAGCAGUAGAACUGGACCCCAGUCUCUUCUCAGAAGAGGGCAUGGGGGGACUGGUAUGUUUUGAGGAGCUGACAGACUACCGCCUGAUAGACUCUGCCAAGGAAGAAGCUAAAGCAGAAGCUAAAGCAGAAAAAGACAAAAAGAAGAGAGAAGAAAGAAAAGAAAAGAAAAAAGCUAAGAAAAGAAAGGCUAGUGAGGGAGAUAAGGAUGGAGGGAAACAGGAGGUAUGUGAGGGAGGUAGUGACAAAAAUGAAACGUCUGAAAAACCAGCUAGGAAGAAGAAUAAAAAGAAAACAGCCCAACAAAAUGAUCCAACCACACAGGAUGACGUUUCUGUGGACAGUAAAGUGAAAAGUGAGGAGGUGAAGGACGAAGUCCAAAACCUUGAAAAUGGUUCAGAGAACGUUGUGGUCAAGGAGGAAAAGGAAACUGUCUCGCAAGAUGCUGUUACGUGUCCUGAGGAUGCUCAGCCACAAUCAAACAAUACAAUGACUGAUGGCAAAAAGAGGAAAAAGAAAAUAAAGUUAGAAAAGCAGACGGUCCCAGAGUCACAGCUAGCGCAGGAGUCACAGACAGAGUUACCCCCUCAAGGCAAAAUGUCUAAACUCUCCAAAAAGAAAUCAAAGAAUUGGACCAAUGCGGCGCGCUCUGGUUCUGACCAAAACUCAGAUGUGACAGCGUGGAAGGAUCUGUUUGUCCCUGACCAAGUGUUGAAGGCACUGAGCAGUCUCGGGUUCGGAUCACCCACGGCCAUUCAAGCUCUGGCAUUGCCACCUGCUAUCAGAGACCAUAUGGACAUUGUUGGGGCCGCCGAGACGGGUAGUGGGAAGACUCUGUCUUUCGGCAUCCCCAUGAUCCAUCAUAUCCUGGAGUGGAAGAAGGGAGUAGAUGAAAGUGAGGGGGUGACGGAUGGCCAGACUGAGCCAGGAACACAGGUGGAAAGCUUGUACCUGCCGACUGUGGAAGAAUCUGGAGAGACAAGUAUUUCCAUGGACACCAGCAACGAGGUCACUGAGCCAGCUCCAAAGACCAGGGCUGAGUCUAAAGAGGCCUGCACUGUGGAAACCACAGAGCAGGGGAGUGAAGAUGUAGCAGAGGAAGAGAAUGAUGCUGAUGACAAUGAAAUCAUUGAGGAGGAGGAUGAUGAAGAAAUAUAUCAGGAGGACGAGGAUGAGAGUGACUCUGAAAAGAUGGGGUGCGUCAAAGUCAUUGAGAAUAUGGAGUUUGACUUUGACAACACAGCAGAAGAAGAUGAUACUCUGAAAGUCAGUGAGAAACAGCCAUUGUUAGGGUUGGUUCUGUGCCCUACCAGGGAGCUGGCUGUACAGGUGAAACAUCACAUUGAUGCUGUGGCAAAGUUUACUGGUAUAAAAACAGCGAUUGUGGUCGGUGGAAUGGCUCAGCAGAAACAGGUCAGGAUGUUGAAACGGAGACCUGAGAUCAUCAUUGCUACUCCAGGACGCCUGUGGGAGAUGAUCAAAGAGAGGCAUCCACAUCUGGUCAACCUAAGGCAGCUAAGGUGUCUAGUCAUUGACGAAGCAGACCGCAUGGUGGAAAGAGGCCAUUUUGCUGAGCUGGAAAGUCUGCUGGAGAUGCUGAACACUGUCCAGUUCAACCCAAAGAGGCAGACAUUUGUGUUCUCCGCCACCCUGACCAUGGCCCACAGCUUGCCCACCCGUGUCCUGCAGAAGAAGGGCAAGAAGGUGGACCAGCGAAGCAAGCUGGAGGUCCUUAUGGAGAAAGUUGGGAUCAGGUCCAAGCCUAAAGUCAUUGAUCUGACCCGGAAGGAGGCUACAGUCGAGACCCUGACUGAGACACGGAUACACUGUGAAAAGGAAGAGAAGGAUUUCUUCCUGUACUACUUCCUGCUCCAGUAUCCAGGCCGGACUAUGGUGUUUGCCAACAGUAUUGACUGCAUCAAGCGGCUUAACUCUCUGCUGGUCAUCCUGGACCGUACUCCACUGCCACUGCAUGCCAACAUGCACCAGAAGCAGCGCCUAAAGAACCUUGAGAGGUUCGCUGAGAGGGAGAGCUGUGUGCUCCUGACAACUGAUGUGGCUGCAAGAGGGCUGGACAUUCCAAAUGUUCAACAUGUCAUUCAUUACCAGGUUCCAAGGACAUCAGAGACUUAUGUCCACCGCAGUGGUAGGACAGCACGAGCUACCAAAGAGGGGCUCAGUUUGCUCCUGGUUGGGCCAGAUGACAUGAUGAACUUCAAGAAGAUUUACAGAGCUCUGGGAAAGGAUGAGGAGGUUCCCAUGUUUCCCAUACAGAGCAAGUGCAUGGCUGCCAUCAAGGAGCGAGUCAACAUGGCCAGGAAGAUAGAGAAGAUUGAGUUCCACAACAGCAGAGAGAAGCAGCACAACUCUUGGUUUAAGCAAGCAGCAGAAGCUCUGGAGGUGGAUCUUGAUGAUGAUGUUCUGCUUGGGGGGAGGAAGGACGAGGAGGACGACAGGCAGCAACAGAAGAUGGUGAAGGGCAUGAAGAAGCACCUGAAACACCUGAUUUCUCAGCCUGUAUUUAAGAAUGUGAUGAAGACCAAGUACCCCACACAGAUGGGCAAGCUCUCCCUGCCCAACAUGCCCCUACAUGGUUUGGAAACGGCCUUGACCAGUGUUUCCAAUCAGAAGAAAAGACCGAAAAAAAAGAAAAAGCAGCAGUAGUGUUAAUGUGUAGUCUCAAUUAGAAUGUCUUUUCAUAAAUGGAAAUACAGUGCAAUUAUUGUAACAUUUUCACAUAAAAUGAUUUUAAGAGAUA